UAACAUAAUGACAUAAUUUGAAUACAAUCGUCAUUGAAUCAUUUUCACCAUUGUGUGAACAUUACUUUACAGGAAUCUGAAUAAAGCCAGAAUGCAAAUCUUAGACAACCUUUAGACAACAUAAUUGAAGUUAACUGUAUUUCAAUGAAUUUAUGAUACUGUAACCAUACUGGAUUUUGUUUAUUUAGCGUUAAAUCAAGCUGUGUUUGAGGAGAACGACUUUUCGACAAUGUGCAAUGGAUAAAUAUUUUUUCCGCUGAAUAGAAAUGCUCCCGCUAUGUUUAUUUUUGUUCCUAAUAUAGGAGUUUUAUGUGUGCUAAGAAUGGGCAGGGAGCACACGGGUGAUCCCCGGUGCUCCUGCGCUUCCAGCAGCCGCUAGGGUCUGCUGCAGAGGUUUCCUCCCGAUUCCGCACGGCAUAGGCGGCAGGGGCGAUCCCCAGCCUCCAAGUGCCCCCCAAAGCCGCGAAAGCACUUAGAGUAAAUGCCUAGCACACGAUCAUGGCAGCUCCGCACGGGCUCCUGUGCUCCUGUACGGUUUUCAAAUAGGAGCCGGAGAAAGAGGCGGCCGCCGCGCCCGGGAUCGGCGGCUCCGGGAUGCACCGGCAUGUCAUGGGGGCGGUCGGAGGGCCGGGUGCGGUGGACGAGUCCUCUGAUAGCGAGGGGGAACAAGAAGGGCCCCAGAAACUCAUCAGAAAAGUGUCAACAUCUGGGCAGAUCAGGAGCAAGACAAGCAUAAAGGAAGGGCUACUGCUAAAACAGACCAGCUCCUUCCAGCGGUGGAAGAAGCGAUACUUUAAGCUACGGGGGAGGACGCUGUACUAUGCCAAGGAUGCCAAGGGGGGUGGUGUGCUGGCCCGUUGGCAGGAGAGAGCGCACCGGGCGUCCCGGAGCAGGGUUUUCUGGAGGGCACUCUCCAUGUGCUGGACCGGGCCCCGCCGUGCCCCCCCCUCUCUGGGCGCCGGUGGAUCAGAGGAAGGUUUGGUAACAGGCCGGUCCCUCAUUUUCGACGAAGUGGAUCUGUCUGACGCCAGCGUGGCGGAAUCGAGCACCAAGAAUGUCAACAACAGCUUCACGGUGAUCACUCCAUUCCGACGGCUCAUCCUCUGCGCAGAGAACAGGAAAGAGAUGGAGGACUGGAUCAGCUCCCUAAAAUCCGUCCAGUCCAGGGAACAUUAUGAGACGGCACAGUUUAAUGUGGAACAUUUCUCAGGGAUGCACAACUGGUAUGCCUGCUCCCACGCCCGCCCCACCUUCUGCAACGUCUGCCGGGACAGCCUGUCGGGGGUCACCUCGCAUGGCCUCUCCUGUGAAGUCUGCAAGUUUAAAGCCCACAAGCGCUGUGCCGUUAGGGCGACAAACAACUGCAAAUGGACGACGUUGGCCUCCAUCGGGAAGGACAUCAUCGAGGACGAGGAUGGAAUCGCUAUGCCGCACCAGUGGCUGGAGGGGAACCUGCCCGUCAGCGCCAAAUGCGCCGUGUGCGAUAAGACGUGCGGGAGCGUGCUUCGGCUGCAGGACUGGCGAUGCCUCUGGUGCAAGGCUAUGGUGCAUACAGCCUGCAUGGACCUGUACCCCCGCAAAUGUCCACUGGGCCAGUGCAAGGUGUCCAUCAUCCCACCCACAGCCCUCAACAGCAUCGAUUCGGACGGCUUCUGGAAGGCCACCUGUCCUCCUUCCUGUGCCAGCCCACUGCUGGUCUUUGUGAACUCCAAGAGCGGCGACAACCAGGGGGUCAAGUUCCUGCGGCGUUUCAAACAGCUCCUCAACCCCGCUCAGGUCUUUGACCUGGUCAAUGGCGGCCCUCACCUAGGCCUGCGUCUGUUCCAGAAGUUCGACAACUUCCGGAUCCUCGUGUGUGGAGGAGAUGGUAGCGUGGGCUGGGUUCUGUCCGAAAUCGACAAGCUCAGCCUCCACAAACAGUGUCAGCUGGGGGUGCUGCCCCUGGGUACGGGGAAUGACCUGGCGCGGGUGCUGGGCUGGGGGCCGUCCUGUGACGAUGAUGCACAGCUGCCGCAGAUCCUGGAGAAGCUGGAGAGGGCCAGUACCAAGAUGCUCGACCGGUGGAGCAUAAUGACCUACGAGAUUAAGAUACCUCCCAAACACAGCUGCCCUGCCACACCGGAGGAGGCAGAGGAGAACCAGCAGGUUCAGAUAUCCUCUUAUGAGGAUUCAGUCGCCGCCCACCUCACCAAGAUCCUCAACUCGGACCAGCACUCCGUCGUCAUCUCCUCCGCCAAGGUGCUCUGUGAGACGGUCAAGGACUUCGUGGCCAAAGUCGGCAAGUCGUACGAGAAAGCCACGGAGAAUACAGACGAGGCUGAGAGCAUGUCUGUGAAGUGUGCCAUCCUCAACGAGAAGCUGGACUCGCUCCUCCAAACCCUCCAAGUGGAGGCUCAGGCUACGGCCCUGCGCGGCACGCCGCCCAUCGUGGAGGAGGACCCAGAGGAGGUGGAGGAGCUGGAGGACCACAGCCAGGAGUCCCUGACUGAGCUGAAGGAGAAGCUGGAGGAUAGCGUCAUGGAGAAGGGAUCCCCGCACAAGGUCUUCAAAGCCAAAGAACAGCUCAUGCUUCGGGCCAAUAGCUUGAAGAAGGCAGUGAGGCAGAUCGUCGAGCAGGCAGAGAAAGUCGUCGAUGAGCAGAACGCUCACACUGAGGAGCUGCAGGACCCCCAGUCCCCGGCAGAUUUCCGGAAGGAGAGCGAGGAGGAGGACAAAGACAACGAAAAGGAUGAGGACACCAAAGAGCUGGAAUCUCAGUCCUCUAAGACGACGACACCGUGCUCCCCCCCGGAGAGAAGGCUGAGUCGGAGCACCCAAUCUUGUGGCUCUUUCUCCAUGCCCCCCUUCACCACCAGCAAGGAGAAUCUACCUGUGCUCAACACACGCAUCAUCUGCCCUGGCCUGCGAGCUGGUCUAGCUGCAUCCAUUGCCGGGAGCUCAAUCAUCAGCAAGAUGCUCCUGGCCAACAUAGACCCGUUUGGAGCUACACCAUUCAUUGACCCAGAUCUUGACUCUAUGGACGGCUACCUGGAGAAAUGCGUCAUGAAUAAUUACUUUGGCAUUGGACUAGACGCCAAGAUCUCCCUGGAGUUCAACAAUAAGCGGGAGGAGCAUCCUGAGAAGUGCAGGAGCCGUACCAAGAACAUGAUGUGGUACGGGGUGCUGGGCACCAAAGAGCUGCUGCAAAGGACCUACAAGAAUCUGGAGCAGAAGGUCCAGCUGGAGUGCGAUGGCCAGUACAUCCCCCUCCCCAGUCUCCAGGGAAUCGCUGUGCUGAAUAUUCCCAGUUACGCCGGCGGCACUAACUUCUGGGGUGGGACCAAAGAGGACGACAUAUUCUGUGCGCCCUCGUUCGACGAUAAGAUCUUAGAGGUGGUGGCCGUGUUUGGUAGCAUGCAGAUGGCCGUGUCCAGAGUUAUCAAACUCCAGCAUCAUCGGAUCGCCCAGUGCCGCACGGUGAAGAUCACCAUCCUAGGAGAUGAAGGUGUGCCCAUCCAGGUGGAUGGUGAAGCUUGGAUCCAGCCCCCUGGGGUUAUAAAGAUCCAGCACAAAAACCGGGCCCAAAUGUUGACGCGGGACAGAGCCUUUGAGAACACCCUCAAGUCCUGGGAGGACAAGCUGAAGUACGAUAAGCCCCCCCUGCGGCCACACCUCUACCCCCAGCAGUCUGUCGACCUGGCGACAGAAGACGAAGCCACGCUCAUCCAGAUGUGUGCCCGAGCCGCCGAGGAGCUCAUCACCAGGAUCUGUGAGGCUGCCAAGACCAAUGGACUCCUGGAACAGGAGCUGGCCCACGCCGUCAACGCCUGCUCCCACGCCCUCAACAAGACGCACCCCAAGUUCCCUGAGAGCCUGACCAGGAACACGGCCAUCGAAGUGGCCAGUAAUGUCAAGGCCCUGCACAAUGAGACCGAAUCGCUGCUGGUGGGCCGGGUGUCACUGCAACUGGACCCCCCCCACGAGGAGCUGCUGUCGAGCGCGCUGCAGAGCGUGGAGGUGGAGCUGGGGAAGCUGGCUGAGAUCCCCUGGCUGUACCACAUCCUGCAGCCCGACGACGAGGAGGACCCCUCCCUGGAGUAUGGCAAGAGGAAUAGCCGCAGUUCCAUGUUCCGCAUCGUGCCAAAGUUCAAGAAGGAGAAGGUCCUGAAGAAGGGCACCUCCCAGCCAGUUCAGAAGUGGGGUACUGAGGAGGUGGCCGCCUGGUUGGAGCAGCUCAGCUUGGGGGAGUACAAAGACACCUUCAUCCGCCACGACAUCCGCGGCUCCGAGCUCCUUCACCUGGAGAGGAGAGACCUCAAGGAUCUGGGGAUAUCGAAGGUGGGCCAUAUGAAGAGAAUUCUACAGGGAACUAAGGAGCUGGCCAAGAGCAACCUGAUGGACCUCUGAGAUGGGCGAGAUUCUGCAGCGUUCCACGGAGCUAUAUUUUACGAGAGAGCUUGGUACAGGGGGCGGAGCUCUGCAAGGACUGGGAGGAAGUCCCUCUUAAUGACAGCUGCCUGAAGGAGACCGACGCUGACGUGUUCUUUUGUUUAAGAGGGUAGCAGUGCCAAAUGUUCUAGAACGAGAGCUGUAGGUGGGUACACUCAAAAAUGCCAUUUUAAUGUGCUCCACUCCGGGCAAAGUCAGGUAUGCAACAAUCAGCAUUUUAAGGGACAGUCUUUGGCCUCCAGGGUGGGGGGAGGGGGGUAUGGCAAGUAGCAAAACAGAACUUCCAUGAAGCAUGUACUGUGGGUAGUGUUUGUGGCUUCUUAAUGCUAACUGACACAUUGGCUUUAUCAUUGAUGCUAGUAUCAGGAGGGAGACAUUAAUGUCUGAAAUAUCAUGCUUUCAACAGCAUUGUUUACAUUUUAGGUUGGCAGGGAGGAGUUGGCAGACACUGAAAAUGAAUGGUAGUUCAGUUGUAAUGGGUUUGGGACCAAGGACAAAAAAUUACUUUGGAGUCUCAUAAAACAGUGAAGUAAUGCAUGGUACGUCUGCUUGGUUUGGAAAUCUAUUUUAUUGCAUGAUUAAUGUCAGAUUUUUUAACAUACACAAAGAACACUUGAACGAGUUUUAUAUCGAUUUAAUAUUAUGCCAUUUGUUACUACUGAAGUCUGAAGUAACCCUUUGCCUCUAGGUUUCGUAAUUCGAUUUUUAGCAUGGAAGCUAUGCGUAAAGAAGCUGUGUUCUUUAGCAGUUGUGUGCCAUAUUUUUUUUUCGGCGUUAUUAACUGUUUUACGUACCUUAUAAGUCUGUUAUCCUAGUUCAUACAAACAGAUUUUUCAAAUACCAAGGACCUUAUGAACUGUUAGUUGGAAUGCGGUGUUUCACACAGGUAUAGCUAGGUUUGAGCGGUAUUACGGUAUACUACAGUAUUUCAUGCUUCAAAAUUAGCUAAGGAUCAGGUGAUAAAAUUAGCCAACGAAUUUUUAUUGCCAAGAUUUCAAAAUACCGGAAUAGCGUUGCUUUUGAAAAUACCGUCAAAAUACCGUAUACUGCGGUAUAAUGUCUGGACGGUAUGACGGUAUGAAAAAUUACAUACCGCGCAAGCCCAGGUAUAGGUAUGAACACUAGAACCAAAGGGAAGACAGUAUUUUGUAAGCAUUCGUUCUUCUUUGCCUAUUAAAAAAAGUAAUUAUUGCACCAAAAUGGCACUUGAACAUUUAAACACUAUCAGGAGUUGCUUUAGAAUGAAUCGUGAAAAGUUAUUUGCCAACAAAGUUAAUAUUUGUUAAGUUUAGUUAAGUUUUUUUGGGUUGUUGAUAGGUACUUUCUCGCUGUUUACUCGGCAAGAAAUAAUCUACUUAAUAAACAGCUCUUGGUGAUUGUUAGACUCUAUGUUUAGGUUCAACUUUCAAAAGCCAGUGCAUCAGUGUCUGGCUGUAACAUAACGCUUUAUCAGGUUAGGAAUAUUAUUUUAACACUUGAUGCAAAACUUACUGUGAGCUGUAAGUUUCCUGCAACCAGUGUGAGAUAGGUUUGUAGGACUUCAUUUUAAAUUGGUAUAGAUGAGGGCAUUACAGGGUAUACUGCUAUAUGAAAUUGUUCAGUUGUGUGUUUAUAUAAUAGAAGAUUUAAAUCUAUACGGUAAUAGUUAUAGGCCUUUGUAGAUUGCUUAUAAAAGACAGCUCACACAUUUAAAUGUGUGUUUUGCACCAGAACCCCAAUGUUAAUGAUAGUUUAGUGAACUCAUAUUUUUAUAUGCUGUUGUACUUUAAUGAAGGUGCAAUAUUGUACUUAUUUUGAUACUGUUGAUUGUAUUUUGAAGCUAUAAAAUGUGAGUGAGUUUGUUUUUGUUUUGGAAACUAAAAAGAGCGUUUCAUUAACUUCUCUCCUUGGUUCCUAGAAAAAGGUGGACCUUUAGGUAGCCCAACUAUAAAAUCAAAUGGCUUCGGACUGUCCAAAGUGCUUCCAGCAGCUGGUUAUUUCUCGUGUUCCACUGUGCUUCCUGGAUAAUUUAAGGAGAGGGUUUCUGGAAAUUUCCUUGUGCAAGUUCUAGAACAAGUUACAUGUUGGUUGUCACAUUACAUAAGAGCGGCCAUUUUGAAUAUACUUCAAUCAGAGUAUUAGUAUACAGUAGAGUGGCAAAUCAUCUUUACUUCCUCAGUAAAAUUAUUCAUUACAGCAAUUCCCCACUAGAUGGAGAAAGUACGAUACACAUUUAGACAAUACUCACUUUUUUUCUAACCAUUACAUGUUUUAGUUUGUAGACCUUUGAAUUAUUGUAAUACUUCCAAAUCAUUGCACACGCUGUAAGACUGACAUUAGCCCCUUAAUUUUUCUUUGCAAAUCAGUUUCUUGGGAAGUGAACGAGGGAAACUUUCCCAUUGCUUAGACACAGACAUAAUUUCAAUUGUAACCAUUUAUUAACUGCUAACAAAAUUGAAAACAUGCACUGAAAUUACGGGACUCAAUAGCACCGCUGCUUCUGUGGACAAUCAAAUGGUUUUGUUUAUGCUUCAUGCUGCAUUACUUGACAGGUUUCAAGAAAGAUAUUAAUAAAAAUCAGUAUUCAGUGUAGACCUGAAGUACCAGUAAACUAAAUGUAAGUUAUUGUUACUCUACACCGCUUAUUCUCUGAAUGUCCAAGAAAAAUGUAUUCCUCAUCAUUACGAUGAGAUUUAUUACAAAAAGAUACGUUAUCGCGUAACUAUGUAUUAAUCUAUUUCUUGAUCCCUGUUAUUAAAUGGUGCUUACAGCUUAGGUUUAAGUAACAUUUUAGACUGAAUUGGUUAUAUUUUAGUUUUUAAAUUCUCUCUCUUUUUUUUUUUUAUAACCUGGACUGUUUAAAGUUUUUUCUGCCUCAGGUAUGUCUAAGUUACUGGCCAGAUUUAUUUGUAUAGCUGGAGAUUCUGCGACUGCACUGUCCAAAACACUUUUGCCCCAUUGUUAAAACAACGCAAGUGUCCCCUUUAAGGUUUCCAGACGUGUGUUCCGUCUUUUGCUUCAUGGUUAAUUUGACCUUUGCGGCACUCGGUUUAAUAUAAACAAGUGAACCACAAGUAUGAAAUAGGAGGUGCAAAUAUGGUGUUUGGGAGAGGCAAGCGGUUCAUGUUAUUUUAUCGCGCAAAAACAGAACUGGGGUCCCGUCAUGAAAUAAAACUGGACACUGUGCACUAGCAUUGCCAGACAUACUGAGGUUUCCCUCAGUUGGCGGAAGAUAGAUAUUCAUAUCUGAGCUUAGAUUUCAGCAGAUACUAUAAAACACUACAUGUUUACGAUUAUAACUAAAUUCCAUUACGAAAGAGUAAUAUUUUGAAUGAGAAAUGAUGCCAAAAUAAUUAGCAAAAUGUAUUAUGUCUAUUUAUUAUCUAAUUCAGAUUUUUUUUUUUUUGCAUAUUGUUAACAUGUACGUUAACGAUUCAGUUUAAUCCAUGAUAUAAAACGAAAAACAAAAAUGCUUGCAAUAUUACUUUAAAACAACGCAGCGUAACAUAUUCAGCACCUAAAUUUUGUAGCUGAUAAAGGAACCGACAGGAAACGAUGUGUUACGUUUUCUUGACCGUGGUUUUGUUUAAUGGCUUCCACUUCUGUUUGCAUACAUCGUGCGGCGCACGUGAUACAUUUGGACAGCUUCUCCAUCUGCAAGUAUAAAACAUUUGAUAUUAAAUGAUGUACCGCGUUUGAUAUUAAGAUAGUUGAGUUAAUGACAGCACACAGUGCCUUAUUCAAACAAGGCGUGGCUUCCACUCUUUAACCAUUUAUUUGGACAGAAAAGGCCAGGAAAGGGGAUGGGUUCAGGUGACCUAAUGAUAUUCCUGUAACAUAUACCGUCUUCACCUUGAUAGCAUGGAAUGGUACAUAGUACACCUCCUUUUUUCCUUUUUUUAAUUGCCCCUCUCCCAGAGGCACUGUAAAAUCCAGUUUGGUGUUUAAAUUUGCAGUGCUACAAUGGACUGAAUCUUCAUUAUGAAAUUUUCAUAUCUUAAACGAAGUCCUCCCUAAGACUUGGUCCCCAUUGAGAAGAGAAGGAAGUACAGUGCAUUUAAUAAGGAAACUGACGCAAACGUAUACCAAAUAUCAGCGUUACCUGAGUAAUGAGAAUAAGCUGCGGACUACCUGGUUUUAAAACCACCUCAUUUCGUAGAACCGUGUAGAGGAUGCUAACAAACCUCUAACUUGAUUUCCAAAAAGGCGAAGGAGAACUUUCAUUUGUUUACAUUCUGUUUACAAUGGCACAGUUUCAUUUUAAACAUUUUAUAAUGUCUAAAUUAAUCAUAUAUAAUAUAUUAUAUUUGUUUAUAUAAUAUAUUAUAUAUCGUAUAGGUAUAUAAAUAGGUAUACACAAUUUUUGCGUAUUUAUUGCCUAAGACUUAACCAAUGUGUAAUGUGUUUUCACCUUUGGAAUAUAAUGUUACAUUUAUUGUAUAGAUAUAUGGGUGGUUUUGGUAAAGUAGUUAGUAAUUUUUAUGACUACUAAGUGACCGUUUUUUGUGCCUUUUUAUUGUAGAAUGCAUGGUUAACUAUUUAUUACAAUAUGGAAGUCACUGAGAUGUGUAUUUUUGUAUUCUGCUAAAAUUAAUGGGUAAACUUUGUUGUACAUUUUGAGAUGCCUUAAAGGCGAAUACUUAAUAUCUUCCUACAUCAAUAAACCUAAAGUCAUGAAAGA